GCGGGGAGGCUGUGAGCACCGGGGGGCCAGAGACGUGCUUCGCGAGGCAGAGUCUUUGCAUUGGCGGGCUGACGAUGACACGUGCCUUCUCCUCGCCACCCCCCGGCUCGAGCCGCAUUGGCAUCAGUAAGGUCUGAGAGAAACCAACUGUGUGAGCGCCGCUGCUACGACCAUUACGGAAAACCGAUUUAAAAAAUAGAAAGCUUCCUGACCGCGGUUUUUUUAAACGUCAUUUUAAAAGACAUCAUUCUUUCAAAAGAAUAACAACGCUUCUGGGGUUUCUCUUGUUUACAUGACAGAAAAAAUAUAUUCGUCCAAGCAUGAUGCAAGAACCAAGAACCAACAUUUGAAGGUGACAUGAUCCAAGGGAUUAACAAAAACACCACGCAUACUGUUAACAAAAAUUGGAGAUAACAACUGAAGACGACCUUUACCGGGGCUUCGUAUGGUUUUAUUUCCGUCCUGUGACAUAAAUUCCAAAGUGUGAAGUAACAGCCAAUCUUAUUUUAAACACGCGCACAUUUUGGCUAAUACGCUUGAUUCAGAGAAGCGACGAUGGCAACGUUAAUCCGCAGCAAGAUUUCCAAUAAGCUUUCAAAUGCCGCCUCUUCUGUUUCCAAUAAGUCACAAGCUAAGGUGAGCGGCAUGUUCGCCAGAAUGGGCUUCCAGGCCGCCACUGACGAAGAGGCACUCGGGUUCGUUGCCUGUGAUGAUUUGGAUUACGACCAUAGACAAGGGCUGCAGAUGGACAUCCUUAAGACCGAUGAGGUCGGUGGCGUCGGUGGCGAGGGCGAGGGACAAAUUGUCGGAGAUGGCACGGCUGAAGGGGACAGCCACUACCAGAGAGAUGGCACGGGUCCCCCGCCCUCCUCUUCCAAAGACGGCGGGGUGUGCGACGAGUUAGCCCAGGACAAGCCCAAAAUCACUGCAUGGGAAGCAGGCUGGAACGUCACCAAUGCCAUUCAGGGUAUGUUCGUACUUGGGCUACCAUAUGCCAUUCUUCACGGAGGAUACCUUGGACUGUUUCUCAUCAUAUUCGCAGCUGUGGUGUGUUGUUACACGGGGAAAAUUCUCAUCGCGUGCCUGUACGAAGAGAACGAAGACGGAGAGCUGGUGCGCGUGAGAGACUCCUACGUGGACAUCGCCAACGCCUGCUGCGCCCCGAGAUUCCCGUCGCUGGGGGGCCACGUGGUGAAUGUGGCCCAGAUAAUCGAGCUGGUGAUGACCUGCAUCCUCUAUGUGGUAGUUAGCGGAAACCUGAUGUACAACAGCUUCCCCAACACGCCUGUUUCGCAGAAGUCCUGGGCCAUCAUCGCCACCGUCGCCCUGCUGCCCUGCGCCUUCCUCAAGAACCUGAAGGCCGUGUCCAAGUUCAGCCUGCUCUGCACGCUCGCCCACUUUGUCAUCAAUGUCCUGGUGAUCGCCUACUGCCUGUCCCGCGCGCGCGACUGGGCCUGGGACAAGGUCAAGUUCUACAUCGACGUCAAGAAGUUCCCCAUCUCCAUCGGCAUCAUCGUGUUCAGCUACACGUCGCAGAUCUUCCUGCCCUCGCUGGAGGGGAACAUGCAGAAGCCCAGCGAGUUCCACUGCAUGAUGAACUGGACCCACAUCGCCGCCUGCAUCCUCAAGGGCCUCUUCGCGCUGGUGGCCUACCUGACCUGGGCCGACGCCACCAAGGAGGUGAUCACGGACAACCUGCCGUCCACCAUCCGGGCCGUGGUCAACCUGUUCCUGGUGUCCAAGGCGCUGCUCUCGUACCCGCUGCCCUUCUUCGCCGCGGUGGAGGUCCUGGAGAAAUCUUUCUUCCAGGAUGGAGGGCGGGCUUUUUUCCCGGACUGCUACGGCGGUGACGGACGCCUGAAGUCGUGGGGUCUCUCCCUCCGAUGUGGCCUGGUAGUGUUUACUCUGCUCAUGGCCAUCUAUGUGCCGCACUUUGCCCUCCUGAUGGGGCUCACUGGCAGUCUGACGGGUGCUGGGCUGUGCUUUCUGCUUCCUAGUCUCUUUCAUUUGAAGCUUUUGUGGAGAAAGCUUUUGUGGCAUCAGGUGUUCUUCGACGUCGCCAUAUUUGUAAUAGGAGGUAUAUGCAGCAUUUCCGGAUUCAUUCACUCAAUGGAGGGCCUCAUAGAAGCAUAUAAAUAUAAUCUGCACGAUUAAGGACUGAUAGAAAAAGUCGUUACUACGCAUUUACCACUCCCACUGAAUUCACUUCCUAAUGCGCGUUGUGCCGCUUUUACAAUGGUUCGCGCGCAAUCGCAUCCGGGAGCGCACAGACAGACACUGGACACACAAGUACGCCUACGGACACAAAAACGCUCACACACACACACACACACUAAGAACUACAACUGAAAAUACAUCGAUAACCAAAUAUGGAGAGUGUGAAUACUGAGACAUAACUAGGCUAUAAGUGAACAAAACAUUUUAACAUUUUUAUGUGGAGUGAAGGUUUACAAGAUGUCAAAGCAACGUGAGCUACAACGUAAAACACGCGUAUCGACUAGCACCAUACGUUCACGGUUUCCGGUUUGACCCAUCCUAGCCCAUACAUCUCACUUUAUGGAGUCAGAGGGAAACCUCCGUAACACGUGACUACUGGGAAAAUAUGGAACUGUUUUAAAACGAGAGGCUCAGACAAAGUUUUAAUUUUAUUUUUUCUAAUUCAGGCCUUGAUGUUUUAGGAACAGGUUACACUUCAGCGGAUAAAACAACAGCGAAAUGCGUUUACACGGCUUAUUUUAUUUAUUUACAUAUUUAUUUGUUUAUUUAUUUACUUACUUAGUUAUUUUCUGUCCAAAAACCAUAAACAUGGCAAUAAAAUCCGACCAGUACAUUUCCGUUUGCAAAUAGCGAGACAAAUGUAUAUUUUAAUAUUAGGCCUUGGGUACAUAUUUUAGAUGGCCGCAUUAUUUUUAAAUAUCAAGGAAGCUGAAAAGAAACGCUGGCUACCUAUUUUCUUAAAAUGCAGCUUCAAUUUCUAGCUUUGCAGUAGCCCACAUCGAAACAAACGUGGGCAUAUAAAAAUUAGGAAUCUUACAAAAAAAGGAUUUUCAAAACCAAUUAAUAAGGCUUGCAAUAUUUAUUCCUACUAUACCGACCGAGCACACCAUGACGUCUCAAAUGUUUGAAAAUUAAUUGUUUAAGAUAAGCUAUGCAUUUAAUAUGUUAUAUAAAAAUAUUUAAAGCAGUAAUCUUAAAAUAAUAAUAAUAAUAAUAAUAAUAAUAAUAAUAAUAAUAAUAAAAGGUAUAAGCAAGAAAGCGGAACACUGAAAGUUGAAUUUAUAGUUCAUUUGGCAAUGCUGUGUUUCACAUGUGCCCGAAAGUUCUGAGUACAGUUUAAGGAAUUUCUGCAAGCUAAACUUGGAAUUUAGUUUGAAAAAUACGCUAAAAUAUAAAUUACGAACAAACAAACAAAUGAUCCACAUCUAAAUCUUAAUAUUAUGCCUAUAACUGUUUUGGAAAUAUUAUGCCUCUUCAUAUCUUUUUUGAAAGCGAACACACAUAGGUUCACUGAAAUGAAAUAAUUGCGUGUAAUGCCAUUUAUUAUCGGAUAGAACUGGCAUAAGGAAAUACUUCCUUGAUAAAAUCUUCCGGUGCAGUGCAAUGAAAUUCCCUUCCCAUACACUCGCGGAAAAUCCAUUACGAAUACAACACCACUCAAUUAUCUUUUUCCCGCAGUUCCAUAUCCACGACCGUUUUAUUCUGCAGUGGGUUUAACUUUAGCAUCUGAAGGGUUUUGAAAUUCAAAUGUUUGGACCACAAAUUCUGAAGAAUCCGAAGAGGAGAAAACGUGUGAAAAAACAUUUAUCAUUCUGUGCAAUCCAACAGGUCCUGUGGAAAUGUUAUAAAACCGUAUGUGUAGUGUUAUUGUGGUUUCAAAAUGAUGGAAUGUAUAUCACAAAAAAUUAUCAUAUAUCGUAAAAAUGAAUAUAUUGAAGAAUAAAUAAAUACGUGAAAUUGACAUUGUAUGAAUUGUGUUUGGAUUUGUGUGGUGAACAUCAAAACCGUAAGAAAACUGUACUUCUAUAAAUAGAAUAAAAUCUGAACAUUUAUAAUGA